GUCUACGAGAGUGAGAAAAAAGGCACCGGCUUUGCCAGCGAGUAACAAGGAAAAAGAAAGAGAGUUGCUUUUUUUAAGCACGAGCCUUUACAGUUCCCUCCUCCACCACCACCAUUGGAAGAUCUCCCAUUUUAGCCACCUUCAUCGGAAUGUGAAGCUCGGAGGCAAAAACCCGCCGGAGUUUUGUUAUCUGUUCUUGAAAGACUUCUUUUUCUGGUUCAGAUUUUGGUCAAAGGAGCUGUAGAAGAAGCUAUGGGUUGCUGUUACUCGAGAUUAGAGAGAGAGGAAACUGUUUCAAGGUGCAAAGCAAGAAAGAGGUACAUGAAACAGUUGGUUAAGGCAAGGCAAGCUUUUUCAGCUUCUCAUAGCUUGUACAUUCGUUCUCUUCGCGGUACCGGCGCUGCUCUCCGACAGUUUUCCAAUGCAGAGACCUACAUUCGCCGCCCUCAGCCGCACCAGCACCACCACCUCCCGCCGGUGCUCCCAUCUCCAACUCCACGAACGCCGCCGCCUCCUCCACCUCCGCAUAUCCCCAUGAGUCCUAGUUCCGACACCUGGACAUCGAUCACGGCCUCCCCGGCACUACCUCCGCCGCCACCGCCGCCUCCAUCAUCCACUUGGGAUUUCUGGGACCCUUUUGUGCCGUCGACAUCUCGCACUGUGACUGAGGAAAAAUGGGAAGCUACCACCAUUGCAUCGGAAGCUAUGGUCACUGUAACAGGGGCGGCGAGUUCAGCACCGCCGCCGUCAGUGGUGAGUGGUUUUUCAAAGGAUACUUCUAGCACCGAGCUUGCUAUGGUAGUGUCGAGGAAUACUAAAGAUCUGGUAGAGAUUAUUAAGGAGCUUGAUGAGUACUUUCUCAAAGCUGCUGAUGCUGGUGCUCAGCUCUCUUUGCUUUUGGAAGUCCCCACUUUUUCUUCUCAGAAAAAAGGAGGGCAGGUUUACAAUAAUGGGUGGAGUUUGUGGGGUUCAAACACAAAACCAAAUGAUGCAUUUGGUAAGUUAAAUGGAGAAAUAAUAGCAACGAAUAUGGGGAAUGGAUAUGGUGGGAAUAGCGGGAGCCACUGUUCAACAGUGGAGAAGUUGUACGCUUGGGAGAAAAAACUGUACCAAGAGGUCAAGACUGCCGAGGCCACAAGGAUAGAGCAUGAGAAGAAGGUGGAACAAUUGAGGAAGCUAGAGUUGAAGAGGGCUGAUUAUGUUAAGACUGAGAAAACUAAGAAAGAAGUUGAAAAGCUGGAGUCACAAAUGAUGGUUGCUUCUCAGGCCAUUGAAACUACAUCUGCUGAAAUCAUCAAGCUAAGAGAAAUUGAGCUCUAUCCACAACUUCUUGAGCUUGUCAAAGGAUUGAUGUGCAUGUGGAGAAGUAUGUACGAGUCUCAUCAGGUCCAAACACACAUUGUUGAACAGCUUAAAUAUCUAAACAUCAUACCAUCUGCCGAGCCGACAUCCGAGAUUCACCGCCAAUCAACUCUCCAGCUUGAGCUUGAAGUCCAGCAAUGGCAUGCCUCUUUCUGCAACCUGGUGAAAGCUCAGCGGGAUUAUGUCCAAUCUCUUACAGGCUGGCUACGGCUUUGCCUUUUCCAGAUAAGUGGAAACCCAUUAUUAAGAACAGGCCAAGAUUCUAGAAUCUACUCACUGUGUGAGGAAUGGAAUCUCGCGGUUGAUAGGAUUCCAGACAAAGUGGCUUCUGAAGGAAUCAAGAGCUUCUUAACCGUAGUUCAUGCCAUAGUUGUUCAACAAGCUGAGGAAUAUAGGCAAAAGAAGAAGGCAGAUUCUGCCUCGAAAGAGCUUGACAAGAGAGCUACCGAACUAAGAUCACUAGAAAGCAAAUACGUCUCACAUUCAAUGCGAGAAUGCUCGGCAUCAACAAGAGGAAGAGACCCAGUUCAGGAGAAGCAAAACAAGGUGGAUAAUUUGAGAACAAAAGCUCAAGAUGAAAAACAAAAGCAUGAAAACUUAGUCAGUGUGACUAGGUCAAUGACGAUAAAUAACUUGCAAAUGAGUUUUCCCCAUGUUUUCCAGGCAAUGGUUGGGUUUUCCAGUGUAUGUAUGCACGCAUACGAGGCAGUUUAUAAUCAAACUAAAAACCCUGACCAGCAUGAGGUAAAGAGAUUACUACCUUAGACAAUACCUGAUUCGAGAGAAAGCUAUUCCGACCAAUUCCCGUGCAUAAAAUGUGAAUUCAACAAGGGGGAGUUUACUGGAAAAAAGCAGAAGCAAGGCAUCAACAACUUCAUUUAGUUUGAUUGAAGAUUUCAUAUGGAUAAUGGCAAAGAGUGAUAUUUUGCUCGCUUUUAUGAUGGGGUAGGAAUUGCUGGGCCAGCUACUCUGAAAUGGUUUGGAAGUAAUACAGGCCUGGAGUUUUGUAGAGUUCAUAGUUUCAAGACCCUUAUGGUCAGUCAUGUUGUUCUUGUAAAUAGAUAUUUCAUCACAUUUUCGGUAGUUUUAUUUGCUUAACCAAUCGUCUCAUUGUUAUAUUAUUGCUCUAUGAGCCACAGCACAAUUGAGGUUCCUGUGGCAUUCAAGAGGAAAAGGACCCUUUGUACGGACCCUCAAAAUUUUCACGCAAUUCAUAUACUUUUUAGUCUAUUUCCUGA